UUGAAGGAAACAGAUGGAGGAACACAGCUAAAACAGAGAGGAAAACAAGAAAAGCAAAGAGAGACACUCUUUCAUAGUUGUUCUCAGGGCAAGCUUGUUACUGGGAGAAUUGGUAAUCAUGUCAGGAAGAACGGAGAUCAAGAUAACUGGAAAAGUAGCAUAAAGUGUAGAGAGGCAGAAUGUGGCCUGGAGAGCGGGAGAGUCUGGGUGUUCUGUGAAAUGCAGAUCACACCCCACGUUGAGAUUCAUACUCUACCUCACACACACACAUGGACAGGAGGACAGCCAGUCGCCACCUGCCCAGCCCAGCAAAGGACUCAUUUGGUGCUGCUUUAGAUGCCAUCAGUGUGACCACAGAGCUUGUAGAGGAGGAACUGAAACCUCACCUGGACACGCUGCUGACUGUUGCCGUGGAGAGGAAACGAGGCCUAGCCGAGCAGGUGGUAGAGAGUGGCAUUCUGCCUGUUCUGGCUCAGGCUCUGAGGAGGAAGAGCUCUCUCACUGUACACACAGCCAGAUUGGUAGCUGAACUCGCAAGAGAGGCUAUAGUGAGAGACAGCUGCUUUGAGACUGGCAUCAUAUCUGCUCUUCUGACACUGCUGCUCAGUAAGGACCAGGAUCUGCUGCUGCAUGUUAGCCGAGCUAUCGGGAGAAUCUGCUACGACAGCAAUUUGCAGCAGGAGAGGCUGCUGAGGCUGGGAGCUGUCCCACGGCUGGUGGCUGUGCUGCUGCAACACUGUGAGAAUGAGGCCCUGCUCAGCUCCUGCCUGCUGACUCUGUGUAACCUGGCUGAUAUGGGCGAACAGGACGACUCCAAGUUUGUGUGGGAGAAGGGUGGGCAUUUUGAGGAGGGAGAGCAAGUGUUCCACGGCACACCCCAGCACUCCUUUGGUUUUGUGUCAGCAGUGACGGUGGUCCGACUGAACCAGUGGCCUCAGGGACAGUACUCAGUGAGCGUGGAAGUGCUUCAGAGAUGCUCCACUCUGUUUUGGGGGGCACAUAAUGGACGUCAGACUGGCUGGCGCUUGCCAAGCUUCACACACUUGGGCUGCUGUCCCAAAUUCUACAAGGUUAUUAAGUACUCAGUGAGGAACAUUCCUAAGAACAGGGGUCUGAAGACAGCAGUGUUUCACACAUUCUUGUGA